AAAUCGCCGAAAGAAAAGAAAAACCUAAUAAGCCAUAGCGUUCUCUAAUUCAUCGUGCGAGGUCCCUCGACCUCCGCACAACAACAACAACAACUACAACAACAAGGGGCUGUGUUCAUCACCCAUGUCUGACACCAACGACUACCACGAUCCUGAGCCGCCGCCGGAGUUUCUGCUCCGUCGUCCACCGCUGCUGAAAACCGCGUCGGCGGCGCCUCUUUACAAGCAGCGAUCGUGGUCGCCGGAUCUAUAUCGCGACGAGGCGUGGCUCCGCCGCAAAGGUAACUGGAAGAACCGUCGCAGCAAGAGCGUGACGGAUGAGGACGUGGACGAACUCAAGGCUUGCAUUGAAUUGGGCUUCGGAUUCGAAUCUUCACCUGAGGUUGAGCUCGAUCAGCGUCUCUCCGAUGCCCUACCGGCUCUCGGUCUCUACUACGCCGUCAAUAAGAGCUACAAUGACUCCCUCGCCCCCAAGCCCGCCACAGCAACGACGCCGUCUUCCUCCGCCGCCGCGUCUGACUGCGACAGCACUUCUUCUCCACACGGCAGUCCCCACACCACCAUCUACAGCAGUGGUGAUAAUCCCCAAACGGUGAAGACAAGGCUGAAGCAGUGGGCUCAGGUUGUUGCUUGUGCUGUGCGUCAACGUUCAUAUUGAAUGAUGAUGAUGAUGAUGAUGAAUGGGUGAUGAUUGUUAAUUCGGGAUUAACUCGGAAACUAAACCAUGGUUGCCAAAGUUAACCAUACAACCUCGUAGUAUCUCCGUGUGAUGUAAACGACAGCGAUGUCCCACCGAACCGGACCGACCGUGGACCUUAGUUUAACCACCUGAUUGUUUCGCGAAACCAAAGUAGUUAGUUAUUUUUUAUAUUUGGGGCUGUCGGUAGCUCUUUUGUUCUGUACUUGUCCAUUAUUUGAGCUAAGGUAGAUCUAUAUCAAAUAUAAUAUGCUACUAGUAUAUUUGUUUUGUUUUGUGUUGUGAGAAAAAAAAAAAAAUUAGUUAAAAAGAUGUUCUACCGCA